GGAGGCUAGCUGCCGCCGCUGUCGCCAUGAAGCUCAACGUGGACGGGCUGCUGGUGCACUUCCCGUACGACUACAUCUACCCGGAGCAGUUCUCGUACAUGCUGGAGCUGAAGCGCACGCUGGACGCCAAGGGCCAUGGAGUUCUGGAAAUGCCCUCAGGCACUGGGAAGACCGUGUCCCUGCUAGCCUUGAUCAUGGCCUACCAGCGGGCGUAUCCUCUGGAGGUGACCAAACUCAUCUACUGCUCCAGGACGGUGCCAGAGAUCGAGAAGGUCAUUGAAGAGCUGCGCAAGUUGCUUAAUUUCUACGAGAAGCAGGAGGGCGAGAAGCUACCAUUUUUGGGACUGGCCCUGAGCUCCCGCAAGAACCUCUGCAUUCACCCAGAGGUGACACCUCUGCGCUUUGGGAAGGACGUUGAUGGGAAGUGCCACAGCCUCACAGCCUCCUACGUGCGGGCGCAGUACCACCAGGAUGCUAGCCUGCCCCACUGCCGCUUCUACGAGGAGUUUGAUGCCCACGGUCGCCAGGUGCCGCUGCCUGCAGGCAUCUACAACCUGGAUGACUUGAAGGCCCUGGGCCAGCGGCAGGGAUGGUGUCCAUACUUCUUGGCCCGCUACUCGAUCCUGCAUGCCAACGUGGUGGUUUACAGUUAUCAUUACCUCUUGGACCCCAAGAUUGCAGACCUGGUGUCUAAGGAGCUGGCCCGCAAGGCUGUUGUGGUCUUUGAUGAGGCCCACAACAUUGAUAACGUCUGCAUCGACUCCAUGAGCGUCAAUCUCACCCGCAGGACCCUGGACCGUUGCCAGGGCAACCUGGACACGCUGCAGAAGACGGUGCUCAGAAUCAAGGAGACAGACGAGCAGCGGCUGCGCGAGGAAUACAGGCGCCUGGUGGAGGGGCUGCGGGAGGCCAGCAUCGCCAGGGAGACCGACGCCCACCUGGCCAACCCUGUGCUGCCCGACGAGGUGCUGCAGGAGGCGGUGCCAGGCUCCAUCCGCACGGCCGAGCACUUCCUGGGCUUCCUGCGGCGGCUGCUGGAGUACGUCAAGUGGCGGCUGCGCGUGCAGCACGUGGUGCAGGAGAGCCCCCCCGCCUUCCUCGGCGGCCUGGCCCAGCGCGUGUGCAUCCAGCGCAAGCCGCUCAGGUUCUGUGCCGAACGCCUCCGCUCCCUGCUGCACACCCUGGAGAUCGCCGACCUGGCUGACUUCUCCCCACUCACCCUCCUCGCCAACUUUGCCACACUUGUCAGUACCUACGCCAAGGGCUUUACCAUCAUCAUUGAACCCUUUGACGACAGGACGCCCACCAUUGCCAACCCCAUCCUGCACUUCAGCUGCAUGGAUGCCUCCCUGGCCAUCAAGCCCGUGUUCGAGCGCUUCCAGUCCGUCAUCAUCACCUCUGGGACGCUGUCCCCACUGGACAUCUACCCCAAGAUCCUGGACUUCCACCCUGUCACCAUGGCAACCUUCACCAUGACGCUGGCGCGGGUCUGCCUCUGCCCCAUGAUCAUCGGCCGAGGUAACGACCAGGUGGCCAUCAGCUCCAAAUUUGAGACCCGAGAAGAUAUCGCUGUGAUCCGCAACUAUGGCAACCUCUUGCUGGAGAUGUCAGCUGUGGUCCCCGAUGGCAUCGUGGCUUUCUUCACCAGCUACCAGUACAUGGAAAGCACCGUGGCCUCCUGGUACGAGCAGGGCAUCCUGGAGAACAUCCAGAGAAACAAGCUGCUCUUCAUCGAGACCCAGGACGGAGCCGAGACCAGUGUGGCCCUGGAGAAGUACCAGGAGGCAUGCGAGAAUGGCCGCGGAGCCAUCCUGCUGUCGGUGGCGCGGGGCAAGGUGUCCGAGGGCAUCGACUUCGUGCACCACUUCGGGCGAGCUGUGAUCAUGUUUGGCGUCCCCUACGUCUACACCCAGAGCCGCAUCCUCAAGGCGCGGCUGGAGUACCUGCGGGACCAGUUCCAGAUCCGCGAGAACGACUUCCUCACCUUCGACGCCAUGCGCCACGCCGCCCAGUGUGUGGGACGCGCUAUCAGGGGCAAGACGGACUACGGGCUCAUGGUCUUCGCCGACAAGCGGUUUGCCAGGGCUGACAAGCGCGGGAAGCUGCCCCGCUGGAUCCAGGAGCACCUGACAGAUGCCAACCUCAACCUGACGGUGGAUGAGGGCGUCCAGGUCGCCAAGUACUUCCUGAGGCAGAUGGCACAGCCCUUCCACCGGGAGGACCAGCUGGGCCUGUCCUUGCUCAGCCUGGAGCAGCUGCAGUCUGAGGAGACGCUGAAGCGGAUCGAGCAAAUAGCACAGCAGCUCUGAGCAAGGAGGUGGGGCAAGAAACAAGUGACCCCCAGGAACACCAGCUCGGGCUCCAGGAAGGACUCAUGGGCACUGGGUUUGAGAUGUCUCACGGAGAAGAUGGGAGCCGCGGAAGGUUCUUGAACCUUCUUCUUGCCAACCUCACCCAGCACUCACCCUGCUGUGCCCGCCACACCCUCGCCUCUGAGCCUGGACACCAGCCUCUCACUUCCCCGCCGGAUGGACUCCCGGAGCUUGGAGAAGGAGCUGCUCCGCCGCAGGACCUGGAGAGCAUGCCAGGGGCACCACUGGGUCCCCCGCCCAGGCCCGUGACGGCCCCAGCCCCUCUGAGCUGCAGCCCAGGCCACACCUCCUCACCUGCUGCUCUGCGUCCCCAGUCGGGCCUUUGCUGGGGGCUCCUGGGGGGACAGAGGGGACAUGGAAGUGGG